GUUGAAUAGAAUUCACAUCAAUAAAUUGUAAUAAACGCAUGAAAACUCUAUAAAAGUUAAAACUUUAAAAUAUAUUUUCUUAAUAUGGCAACGUCGCAUACUGUCACGUGAUUUUAUUUUGUUAUUUCCAUGGUAACACAUCCGUCAAGGCGGUUUAAAUCUCCCGCUCCUGUAAUUUGCUCUUAAAUUGUUUAAUUUUGUCAGUUUCGUGUCAUUUUUUUGACAAAAUGUCGAUUAUAGAGGGCAAAGUGGCGUAUAUAUUUAGUGGAGAGUUAGUGCGACAGUGUAAUAGGCUGCCAACGAUGAAAAAUAGGGCCUCCAUUGUUCAAGAUUUGAUUACAUCUUAUAAAUUGUUGUACAACGAUAACAUGGCCGUGGUUUUAAGUGAAAAAGCGACCGAAGAGGAGUUAAAAUUGUUUCAUUCGACGAGUUUUGUGGAAUUUAUGAAGAAAAUAAACGAUCUCGAGGAUUUCGAAGAUUUCGACGAGGAACAAGUUGAAUUCGGUUUGGGAUACGAUUGUCCGAUUUUAGAGAACAUGUUCGAUUUCGCGAGAGUCGUAGCAGGCGGUUCUUUGACGGCAGCCAAACUAUUGGCUGCUAAAAAAUGCAGAACCGCCAUUAACUGGUUUGGAGGGUGGCAUCAUGCACAAAGGGAUUCUGCAGAAGGCUUUUGCUAUGUUAACGAUAUUGUUAUAGCAAUACAAAAAUUGAGCGAAGUUUUUGACAAAAUUCUCUAUGUGGACCUUGAUGUGCAUCAUGGUAAUGGCGUGCAAAACGCGUUUGAAAUGAGUAAAAAAAUACUUACGCUGUCAUUUCAUAAAUUAAUACCCGGUUUUUACCCGGGUACAGGUAAUUUAGACGAUAUUGGCAGUAAUAAGGGGAAAUAUUAUUCGAUAAACGUGCCUUACUUGAGCGGGAUUAGUCACAACACUUACCUUAUAUUGUUUGACGAAAUUUUUGCGAAAAUCGUGAAAAAAUUUAAACCGCAAUGUUUGGUUAUACAGUGUGGAGCAGAUACUUUACGCGGUGACCCCAUAGGGGAAGGCAAUUUAACGUUAAAAACCAUGGGGGAAUGUGUUAAAAAAAUUAUGGAUUGCAAGUUGCCCACACUGUAUCUAGGAGGAGGAGGCUAUAAUUUUCCAAAUACAGCCAGAUUAUGGGCUUACUUAACGUCACUAAUUUUGAAAUGUGACCUUGAUGAUGACAUUCCAGAUUCAUGUGACUAUUUUACGCAGUUUGUGCCCACAUAUGAACUGCAUAUAGAUCCUUCAUUACAGAAGGAUGAAAAUAAGAAUAAUUAUGUGGAACAUGUUAUAAAAACCGUUGAGAGUUAUUGUGAGUUUAUAUGUUAAUUACAUAAUUAUGUUGAUUAUAAUUGAAUUGAAAUCAUGUUUAAUUGUUGAUAAUUUUUAUUAAUUUAUAUAAAAAUACAAAUUUAAAUGUUAUUUUAUUUUAUAAUUUUGAAUUACACCCUCUCCUCUACCUAGGUUUACUUUAUAUUCGCUUAUACAAGUAUCAUUCAAUGAUUUGAUCCUAUUUUUACAAUUAUUAUCAUAACAAAAACUCAGCGCUUCAUUGAACUUAAAAAAUAAAUUAUUGUCACCUCCGUUUGGCCCUACCAUUAUAUCACAACUUAGUUUUUUCUUUACGUCCCUUAUGCAACAUUCCAAAAACUCGGGAUUAACGGUAAAAUAUUUACUCAAGUCGUAAUGACGAAUUUUUAACGAAUUGGCGACAAUUCCAGUGACAAAAAGAUCAUCGAUCCAAAAAUAUUUAUAAUAGUUUGACAACAAGACCAAAUGUUGUCCAGUUUUUAUAUUUGUUAUAUAAAACCACCCAGAAAUAAAUGCAGGAUAAUUAUUGUACUUAUAUUCCUCCUCAGUGACAUACCAUUUAUUAGCCUUAAGCCUUAUGGGCUUCAUACCCUUAAAAAUAUACCCAGCCAAUAAUUUUUGUGGAAAUUUUGUAUUUUUAAGAAUAUCCACGACGGCCCUAAGAUUUACAACAAUAUCAUCAUCCAUUUUAAUUAAAAAUUGAGCCUUACAAUGAUCUGUAGCCCAUUUUAAACCCAUUAAAUGCUUAUAAGUUAAAUUACGAUAAGCCUCUAUAAAGUUACCCUGUAUUAUGUCGUUAAAACGCCUAUUUUCAUUCACAAUUGAUUCUUGUUUGGUGUAUUUAUCACUGGGGGCUUCGCCAAGUAGAAAAACUCGCUUUAAUCCCAUGUGGGCUAACGUUUUCUCCGAAAAAGCCCUACGUAUGGCACUACGUAACUCCACGUGUCCAAAAUACGAUGUGAUCACAAUAAUCGCCAAGAAACUUUCGUUUUGUGCACAUGUUGAACUGUUUUGUAUGUAUUUUAGGUCCAAGUUAAAUAUUUUGUUGCUUUUCGCCAAAUUUGUGGUGUUGAACAAUGGUUCUUCGUAAUUUUCUACAUCGUCACUCGAUUUGUUGCUAUUCACGUGGUAUAAAAUUAUUAGUAACGUUGCCAAAGUUGUUAUUGUUAACGUGUGCUUCAAUUUCAUAACUAAGAACACCCAUAUUUGGGUUUUUAUUGGAAUUAAUUGGAUAACUUAACCUCAAAUAACAUCGACUAGUGGGACGUGGAGUUAGGCAACCCC